CGCCCGGGGCGGCCUGGGAGCGCAGGCGCGGGCCAGGCCCUGCAUUUCCGCCCCGACCCGGCCCUCCCCGACGGCGCCGGCUGCCGGCAGGACUGAAAACUGGAUAUUUGGUCCCCAUGGACCUUCUGGUCACCAUGUGAGUUGGACUUACUUUUCCUUGAGUCAUUUGGAAGGACUGUGAAGUCCAAAGUUGUUAAGACUCUCAGGCUUACAGAGGUUCUGGAUUCCAAGGCAACAUUUCUUUGAAGAAACAAGCUUACAGCUCUGCCCGAUGGCCCUCCUCUUCGUGUAUGGCACCCUGAAGCGGGGCCAACCCAACCACCGGGUCCUGCGGGAUGGCGCCCACGGCUCCGCAGCCUUCCGGGCGCGCGGCUGCACGCUGGAGCCCUACCCGCUGGUGAUAGCGGGGGAGCACAACAUCCCCUGGCUGCUGCACCUGCCCGGCUCGGGGCGACGCGUGGAGGGCGAGGUCUACGCGGUGGACGAGCGGAUGCUGCACUUCCUGGACGACUUCGAGAGCUGCCCUACCCUGUACCAGCGCACGGUGCUGCGGGUGCAGCUGCUGGAGGACCGGGCCCCAGGCGCGGAGGAGCCGCCGGCGCCCGCCGAGGCGCAGUGCUUCGUGUACAGCACGGCUACCUUCCCGCCGGAGUGGGCCCAGCUCCCGCACCACGACAGCUACGACUCUGAGGGGCCACACGGGCUGCGCUACAACCCCCGGGAGAACAGAUGAGCGGGGCGGGCAGGGUGGGCCUAGGCCUGAGCCUCCUGGGGCUCCAAGAUGCUCCCAGCCCAGCCCAUGCUGGGUGAAGGCGGAAGCAGAACAGAGCCCUUUCCAAGGAAUCCACGGGAAAAGGAGCCAAUAUUUCAGUGGCAUCUGAUUUUACAAAUAAUGUUGACAUGUAAGUAGCAAGCUGGUUCCCUCCCAUCUUUCUACCUGAUAAGAAAAAUGUAGGAUUUUAAUUCCCCUAAAUGGCAUUUAGAGAAUUUGUGUGAUCAUGCCCAAUUCUUCUUACUCUCCUCUUCCUCCUUGUUCUGUUGCUUUUGUGUGCUCUGCUUUGAGCUCAAGAUAACAUUUAGGAUCACUGUAAAAGACUUCGUGUUGCAGCUAGAUUUCAGCAGCGCUACUAGACUGAUUGUGGCCUGUAGCCCCUGAGAGAGCUGAUUUUAGACGGCUGGGUAAAAUUUAUAAAGAAGUCCACAGGGAAAGCAUGCCAUGUAUCAGAAUGUGUACAGCACCAUUCUUCAUAUUUUUUAUAUCAAGCUUCACAGCAAUAUUAAAGGUUAUUUAAAAUUGAAGUCAGUGUUUUGGGAAAUCAAAUAUAAAAGUGUUGGUGCUGGGUCUGACCCCCACUUUUUUUAGUAUACUUAUUUAGUAGAAGGUUCUUUACAUUCUGGUCCAAAAAAAUAAUGAACACCCACUUGCUGGGAGACACAGCUGAGCACCCGGGCUCAAGUGGAAGUUUAUCUGAGCCCAGAUCUCAGCAGUCAGGCCCCAUCCCUGCCCCCUGAAGGGAGAGCAUUUGGGGGUGGUCCUUUCAGAGAAGAGCCAACGCAUUAGUAAUUUGCUCUUCAGGCCUGACAGAAGCUUAGCUUCCAAAUACAAAUAGCACUUAAAAUAAUUUUAACAAAGCACGAAGUACCAAUUACUACCCACCUCCAUCUGAUAAUUGUCAGCAUCGACUCAACUUGGUGCACGGCUUUUUGCUUCUGCUUCCCAGCAAAGUCUGAAACGUAGUCCAAGAAUUUCAGAACCAAAUGAAAAUGCAGCUGCUGUGAUCCUCAGUAACCUCGUUCUCUGUUGGGAGAGCUCACUUACUCUUCAACUUAAUGGCAGACUGUGAUCGCUAACUGCAUCUGGUACAAAAGCAUGAUCAUUAUUUUUAGCUUCUUUUGCUUAAUUGGAAACUUGCUUCACAAAAAAACACAGAAAGGCUGGGAUGGGUCUCAGCUGAUCAGCUUCUGGCAGCCCCAUCCUUGAUGGGGUGGGUGAGGCCCCCCAAGCACCCUGUGACUGCCCCGCUUGUGCAAUGGGAAAGGGACCAGACAGCAUGCUCACCCUCAAAAUAGUGCAGACGGAGCACCCUAGGCUGCCAGGAAGCCUCAAGGUGACCUCCAUAGGGGUCAGCCAUCAGCACCACACCCACAUAGAGAGCCACAGCAGGAAGGGGAUUGCCUAAAUCUGCAUCUGCACUCCCCAGUCCUUAAGAAGUUAUGAAAAUCAGCACCAGGAGUGAGGGCCUCACUUCCAGAAGAAGGCAGGCAAUGAGAUGAAAAAAAAGUCAAGUGCUAAUAAAGCCAGGCAGAGAAAUGACAUUUAUAGCAAACUUCCAAAAGGAUCACAAAGAAAUGCUGGUGGUCCACUGGCAGAGCCUGUUGCCUAAGUAUACAUUGUCUUCAUUCAAAAAAAGGGGCAAACUAAUAGUUAGACAAACGCUGUUUUAUUGUUUUCAGUUUGACACUAGGAAAUCUCACAGGAGAAGUACAAAUCAUACGUACAGCAUUUACAUCAAUGAAAAUUUCCAUUGGUGAUUUUUUUUGGCAGAAUAUUGGUAUUGAUUCUGUGUAAUAUGAUGAUGUAAAACGUAGCUGCAUGGGAGUGUUCUGUAAAAUGCCUGAAUCAAUUGUGUGAAAGCAUCACGCAAAUGGCGAAUUAAUUUGGGUGAUGACUGAAAGGUUAUAAAUCAUUCAUUCCAGUUCCACGAGCAGAUCCCCUUCUCCAACUGUGUCUCCAGCUCGACAGUGUACAGAUUUCACCUUGAAUUUUUAAAAAUGCAGGGGGAGGGGAGAGUAAGAAUUAGUAACCAGAUCCAGGAGGCAGUAGGCUCCUAAUCCACUUUUAGAAAUGCACAGUCCUGCAGGCCCAGCAGCCCAGGCACGAGCCACCCCACCGGAGCCGGUCGGAGGGACCCUGGUGAACGGCGAGGUGCCCUGGUGGCUCUGCCGCACCCUCCCCUUUCUCGCCUCCUCUGUCCUCAGCACCUUCACAGUGGCCAGCCUGAGGGCUGCGCUCUGGCCCCUCACACUGGGUGCACUCAGGUUGAGGCGGGCUUUUCACUGCCAGGUGACUUCUAACCCCUGGCCGCCCCCUCUUCCUGUGGUUUUAGGUUGUGGAAAUGUUCUCUGAGAAUUAACGGAAUAUUUAGUGUAAAAGAAAAAGAAUAAAACAUUCGAUAGUCAGAUCAGCUGCUGAGUAGGAAGAGGACUUCCCUAGCGUGAGCGCCACCUUCCUUUUGAAGGAAAACAGAGUCCUCGGCAGUGGUGGGGCUGUGCGGUCGUCCUUUCCAGCAUCAUGGGUGUGUGGACUGUGCCUCCUUGUCCUACCAAUUUUGGUUAAUCUUUAUCAAGUUUUGCUUUCCCAAAUUUGUGUUCAGGCUCAAUUAGCAAGGAGGGGGCUGAGGUGGGGAAGAGACAGUCAUCUGACUUGGUGGAGGCUCUGGCUCGGGCCUGAAAAUUAACAACGGGUUGGAACUAAUCAGCCACUGCAGACCUUGCUGCUUGGACUGAAGAGGCUGCUUUCCACGAUGCUCCUGUCUCCAUUUAGCAGCCCUCCUACAUGACGUCGUUUUAGUGACGCUACGAUUGCCACAGCUGAGGAUCUGUUUCCUUUGUGAACUUUUUCUCUGGGAGGAAAAGUGGCCUCGCAGGUAGGAACCAGGCCCUGCUACUCUGCAUGGGGGCUUCGGGCCACUUCUGUGGUUCCUGGCUAGGUUGGAAUGGAGAGGCCUGGGCAUGGGGAGAGGCGAGCGGAAUGCACAGCAUGGCUCUAGCCAUGAGGGGGGAGGGAGACCCAGGCCAUGAGGACGGGAAACCCACUGAUGCGUGGCACCACGACCCUUCAGGGAACUAAGGCCAAGUUCAUCUCUGCAUUAGCACCUCAGUCCCACAGCACAGGGCCCUUGGCGUGCAGCAGACACACCUUCUCAGUCCCCACAACUAGGCCAAGUUCUCAUCAGGGAUGGGUGUCAUGACACUAGCAAGCACAAACGUUAAAUCCCAAAGAACCAAUAAAAGCAUCUUUACAUCAACAGAAA